AUGGACAUUCCUCCUGGUUUUCAGCUCAAGGGGGAGUCUUAUACCGAAGGAAAGAAACUUGUAUGCAAGUUACACAAGUCCCUUUAUGGCUUGAAGCAAGCCUCUAGGCAAUGGAAUUCAAAAUUCACCUCAUCUCUCAUUUCCAUGGGUUUUCAUCAAUCAAAAUCAGAUUAUUCAUUAUUUACUAGAAAUGACAAAUCUGGUUUUGUGGCUCUUCUUGUAUAUGUGGAUGAUAUCAUGUUGGGAAGUAGUAACUUGGCAAUCAUUGACUCCAUCAAAAAUCAUCUUCAUACUCAAUUUAAGAUUCGAGACCUAGGAACUCUUAAAUACUUUCUUGGGCUGGAAAUAGCAAGGUCAUCUGCAGGCAUUCAUAUUUGUCAAAGGAAGUACACUCUAGAAAUUCUAGAGGAUGCUGGACUACUUGGAAGCAAGCCUAUUAAUACUCCAAUAGAGCAGAAUCACAAGUUGUCUCAUUCUUCUAUGGAUUACUUGAGUGAUGUUACAAGCUAUCGUAGAUUGAUUGGGAGGCUCAUCUACUUGUCCAUUACCCGGCCUGAUAUUACAUAUGCAGUCAAUGUGUUAAGUCAAUUCAUGGAUACACCUACACAAGAACAUUUGCACACAGCCCAUAGAGUACUUAGAUAUUUGAAGGGGUCGAUUGGGCAAGGUAUUUUCUACUCCUCUAAGUCAGAUACACACCUCAAAGCUUAUAGUGACUCGGAUUGGGCAGCUUGCCCUGAAACACGAAGGUCAGUGACUGGUUUUUGUGUAUUUCUUGGAGACUCGUUGAUUAGUUGGAAGUCAAAGAAACAACCCACUGUGUCUAGAUAA